AUGGCGAACCAGCAUCCCCCGUCUCUACGACCGAAUAGCGGCGAUAAUGUCAACAACAAUCCUACACAGUCGCCACCACCGCAUUCUUAUUACAGUUGGAAUCCAUCCGAUUCGCCACCCAGUUCACCACCCAAUUUGCAAUCCAGUUAUCUACCAUCUUCUCCGAUAAUGAGUAGAGCUUACAGUCCCGAAACGGUUUACGAUCCGGCAACGUUUUACAAUACAGUUUACACUCCCGAAGCGCAGCCAGCGAGUUCGAAUGCAGAUACGCAAUUAGGAAUGGUGUACACUCCCGAAACAACUUACACUCCCGAAACAGCUUACACUUCCGAAACAGCUUACAAUUCCGAGAAGUUUUACAAUCCAGCGGUUUACAAUUCUGAAGCGGUUUACAAUCCCGAAACAGCUUACACUCGCGAAGCAGCUUACAAUCCCGAAACGACUUACAAUCCCGAAACGGCUUACAAUCCAGCGGUUUACAAUUCUGAAGCGGUUUACACUCCCGAAACGGUUUACAAUUCUCAGACAUUUUACACUCCCCAGGCGGUUUAUAAUCCCAAUUACAAUUCCGAUACGGUUUAUCCAGUCACAUCUGGCCAGGGCCACAAUAGUUCUACCCCCGCGACGUUUGUUUCGACACCAACCGAGGAGAAAAAGAAGAAAAAAAGUGGAUAUCGGUGUAAUUGGUUACUAACUGGCGUAAUAUUAGCUUUGUUGCUUAUUGUCGUGGGAGCUGUGAUGUUCGCGACGGCAAAGCCGAUAAGAAGCAAUUGUUUCCAGACUUGUCGGUUCAAUAACCCCCCUAUUCGCCCAAGUGCUUUAAAUGCUUUCAAUAAAUGCGUUGCCGGCUGCAGGAAUUCGUAUCGCAUUAUAAGGGCGGUUGGUAUUGCACUUAUGUGCAUUGGAAAUUUUCUGGCUAUAUGCUGCAUGGUUAAGAAAUUGUGGCCCAGGUUUAAGACUAGAACUACCACCACAGUUAGAGGAUAG